AUGAAUGUCGAGUUUGCGACAUAUUCCGUGAUUGCUUUCCUCAGCCCCAACUUCUUCGUUACACCACACACCCUUUCAACUUGCAAACGAUUUUGGAAUUCACAGAUAAUAAUUUUGCUUAAACGAAGUAGUUGCCAGCUCCUCCUUGCCGACGGCACACCAAAGAAGAUCGUUUACCGCGAGCCUCGUUUUGUGACCCCUCUCGACAGCUCUUCCUCGACAGCUCCCCCGACAACUCUCCCCCGACAACUCUCCCUCGACAGCUCUCCCUCGACCCCUAAAAUUCUCGCCCAAGUUGCGCGUACUCAGUUCACCAUUGUCCUCACCAUUGUCCUCACCAUUGUCAGGCCCACCAAUUAUCGCGUUUCCAGGGCCGGCUUAUUCACAUUCGGAAAUGCUAACACAUUCUGCUCGCAAGAAAAGCGCCAACUUGCCCUCGGCGAAGAUACUCAGAGCUUCUAUUCUGGUGAUUCACCUGAAUCUUUUGAGGAUGACGCAAGUAUUUCCUCCAGUGCUGACGACCCGGAUAAUACCUCUACCGAUAGUUCUGUGGAAGUAGUAAUAAGCCUCGCUGCGACAACGGAUAUCCUCUGGCAAUGUUAUCGCUGUCCCCACGAGGGGAAGUCGCACGGUAGAGUGGAAGAGCACUAUCUUAGGGCACACGAAGAAAUCAAACUUUAUCAAUGCGAGACACAUGCACACAGUUUCCUCGCUUUACAUGAGUUGAGACGGCAUAUGAUAGGUAUACUACAUGACAAAGAAUUAAUAAAUGUACAAUGGGCAGAUGGAGACAGGAGAAAGGUUACCUCAAUCGCUUGUAUUUUAUGUUCAACUACAGUCGAGGGCGCAUCGGAAUAUCUUGAGCACUGCCGAAGAAAGCACUGGAAAGUCAAGUACAGGUGCUUGCGCUGUAAGCUCAGAUUCGCAAGCCGAACAGAUAUUAGAAAUCACCGGAAUCACCAUAUCCAAGAUGACCCGGAACAGGAGCAAAACCGACUCGGAAUACUUCUAAAUCAUUGUUAUGUAGCCAAAAUCGCGAAAGCUUUGGAAGCGCUCCAGGAGUCACCGACUCGUGAGAUAAUAGCCGAAUGGAUCCUGGACAACGAUCCACCUCCACCAGAACAUAGACGGAGGUGUCGUGCAGCUGUAUUCGCAACACUUCGAGAGAAGUUCGAUAAGACUGAGGAGGGCCAUUGGAUAGCGACUACGAAGUCCGCAACUCGAUCGCAAAUUGGACGGUUAGUUGCUAUUGCUUUUUACGAAAGGAACUUCCAGCACUCCUCUGAGGAACAAAUUUACGAAUUGAUCAAAGGCGACUAUCCGGGUCAAUCGAAACAUUGCGUUAUCGAUACGAUUAGGGGUCACUUAACCUAUACUCAAUACCGAUACGGAGCGGAUAAGAAAAAGAAAGAUCCGAAUGAUCCAAUAACCACUUGGCAUAUUAGAAGAGGAUUGAAGGGAGAGGUCGAAUUUCAAGCAAUAGCAGCCCUUAGCGGGCAGACAGUCUUUGCCGAUCCUGGUCUUACGAAACCCCAACUCGUUGUGGAGGCUUUGGGAUAUGGCCCGAAGAACGACGUAGAACUAUACCGCUGGAUUGCACGCCGGUAUCCCUUUCACAUAGGAGCAAAGAAAGCAAUUUUGGAGACCGCUAUCAAGCUCAAACUUCCGAAGGCGCGAGGACGUUAUUAUCUGAGAGAUAGCGAUGUUAUACAACUUAAGGGAAAACGCAAGGGAGCGCUUCCAAUUAGCAGCCUUCACCAUGCGGCCAAACGCAUGCGGGUAAACGUCAACGGCAACGGUAAUGAUACCUCCCUUUUCCAAUGUAUUAGCAAACUAACUCCGGAAUCUGACACUAUGCAACGUUGCCACACCCUUUCGCCGCGCAGCGGCUCUCCACCAAACGCGGACAUAAGAGGCUAUCCCAAACGAAACGACCCUGUGAAAGGCGGCCAUGAGGAAGACGACCCCAACCUUCUACAAAAUGACAUUGGGACUCCAAUCAAGCCGGGAGAGCAAGCAGAAGAUAUGUAUAGGAGACUCGCCUUACUCUAUCGAGGCUCUAACUUCUAUCGGAAGGGUGGUGAAGGGCUAAAAGAGAUUGCCAAUCAAGGAGUAUCGAAAUGGUUUUUGGACGAGUUAGUAUACGGUUUACAUGUAGAAGAGGGACAGGCUAGUGAAAGAAAAGAGUUGGGCCUUGGCUGGGCGUGGAUAGCCCACAUUUCGGGAGACAUACUAUCCAAUAUCCACACAGUUCUCUUCACCAAGCCCCUUUUUAAGAUAUUACCGCCACCUCCUUCGUCCUAUGAGGGUAAAGACGCCAAAUCUCUGUUUGCUGCCAAAGGUUGCUGUUUCUCCUGCCUUAUAAAUCACGAGCCAGCGAGUGCCUGUCAACUGUCUGCUCGUUUAUGGCGACCCUACCCGUCACCUCAUUUUAAGUAUGAUUGUAAUGAGCUAUUCCUUAUACUUCUCGGCGAACACGCUUCUUCCUCGACCUUGUCCAAAUCUAUCGUACAUCGUUGGUUACGACAACACCGUCCUUCAGCAACUGAGCGCGAGAGGUCGACAUACAUUGAGCAAUUUUGCGACACAGUCGGAGAAGACGAAAACGGUGACGAUAUCCUAGCUUUAAAGUCUCGAUUCACGCUUCAAGCCGAAGAAUCGGGUAGUGCAUUUCCUAAUCGUACAUCACCGUCCUCCGAGCCAGCUCCACAAGACUUAAUACAGCCUCCAAGUUCAAAUGCAAACCCGGAUACGGACGUGUACGGAGAUGAUAUCAUCCCAAAGUAUACUUUCGUCUCUGGUUCUAUGAGUCCCGAAGAUAGUAUUGACGAAGUACGGGUUAAUUCAGCUGUCGCUCGGCCGUCAAGUGUACACAACAAACACCGAGCUAUCAAGACGCUCGAGGCCAGACCCGACACAGCGUUGACAAGUAGGCUGGCUUUCGUCACUAACGGUACAACCGUUCCUUCUCCUCAUGGAUACAAAAACCCCGUUCACGCAUCUAGCGCAGAACCCGCACAUCAAGCACGAAUCCCCGGGGCGAUAUCAAAUUUUUUAGAUGAUGGCAAUAUAGGGCAAACCCACACUUGGGGCGGUUUACGCAUAGAAGGUGCUAGAAUGCACUAUCCAGAAACCUUGGAAUGGACGUGGAUGAUCCAAAAUGCUGGACAUUCCAGCAUAGCUAAAGCGAAGCGAUUCACCAUUCUUCAUCUUCAGAGGAUCUCUAUUUACUACGGGAAGCUGGGAAUGGGCAUUCAAAAGAUCAAAGACACAACUAUCACCAAUGCCGACCUAGCAAGGACCAUAUAUCCACUGGCACUUGCCAAUAAGCAGGCAGGAUUGCGAGCGGACAAGGGGCUUGGCUGGCAGAUAAUAGAAUACAUUUCUCGAGCCAUUCUCCGGAACAUCGAAACAGCUCGAUUCGGCUGCUCUAUCUUCAACCCAAAAUGGGGGGAUACAGCCGAUGCUGCAGUUUGUCCUGAGAUAGAUUGUGAGAGAUUUGUGAAAAUCGAUGCCGAAACUUUGUUUCCGGUGGGAACAGGUUGCAUUAUCUGCCUGAAAGUAGACCACCUGUCUGACAACUGCCCUAACGAGCAAAGCGAAGUCGAGUACAACUUCGAUGAGCUUAUUUCAAUGGCCUUAUCGGAGGAAGAUAGCAGCAACCUUCAGCUACCAAGGGCCACGAUUCGCCAAUGGAUUGGGCUCUACCGCAGUGAGAAAGAUCUCGAAACAAUGAUUGACGACGCUCUUGCCAAAAGGCUUGACCAGGUGCGCAACGAUUUACUAGACUCGGGAGAUCAAGACGAAUCACUUAUUACAGAGCAACUAGUAAAUUGUUAUCCUGCUCUCAGAUUUACUAAAGGGGAGGCGUGGCAUAACGAGCGGAUGAUCCGCCGCUAUUUCGUAGAGAAAUUUACAAUAAUUGACAUACAAGGCGAUGGCGACGGUGUGUUUCGUAUUCGAGUUGGGAAUGAAGAUGAGGCUGUGUUAGCACUUUGUCUGGAUGGGACGAAGCUGCUACCAAAAGAUAGAUAUCCUUUCAGACUCGAGAGAGAUUGA